UCGCGGGGGCCCGGCUCCGGAUAAAUGGGGGGCGGCGGCGGCGGCGCCUCGAAGCCUUGGCGGAGCUGGAGCGGAGCGCGGCUCGGGCAGCACCGGCAGCACCCGAGCAGGGCAGGAUGCGCGGCGGGCGGCCCGCGGCGCUGCCGCUGCUGGCGCUGGCGCUGCUGACGGCGCAGGGCGGAGCGGCGCCCCUGCAGCCCGGCGGGACCCCCGCGCUCACCAAGAUCUACCCCCGCGGCAGCCACUGGGCUGUGGGACAUUUAAUGGGGAAAAAAAGCAGUGGAGAUUUUCCUUAUGGUUUUGAAGAAGAAAACAAGACACCAUUUUCAGCAUUACCUGACAAUAUCAAGCAGCUGGAAGAGUAUCUGCAGUGGGAAGAAAUCUCAAAAUAUUUGCUAAGGCUGCUGGAAAGGAAUGAAAAUAAAAGUGGUCACUUUUCAAAAGGAGGGCUCCCCUGGUAUACCAGGAACACCUGGGAGACAGAUGACAAUAGCAGUUGGAAACAUAUGAUGGACUAUCUGCUUCAAGUUCUGAAUAUGAAAGAGAGCACUCCAAGCUGAAAGAAGAUCACUAAAUCAUGAAGAAAUUUAAUACUUUCUGUAAGAGACUAUAUUUCACAAGCACUUGAUUGUAUCAGAUAAUCAACACGGUCACUUUUCUCUACACAAGAAUUCUUUGUGUAAAGUACUUAAAUAAGAAUUCUUUGUGUAAAGUACUUAAAUACACAUAUUCUUGAAUGGUUCGGCAAGGACUAAAUCCUCUACUUCAUUUUCAAGGUUGCAUUUUCUCAUUUGAAUGGCUUUGAUAUAUAUAUACAAAAUUGUCACGGAAGGGUCUUCCAAUUAAUUAUAUCACUUACCUAUCGAAUCAUUUCAUCUCUUAGUUUGAAACUACAUGACACUGCAACAUUCGCAAUAAAUAGUACCAAGAAAAAUG